GCUGUCUUACGCUGUCUGACCGACUUCGUAUUCUUAAUUGACAACGUCACAAUCAAAAAAAUUGGUUUUAUCCACCGAAGGAGGUUUAUAGGCGAUGAAAGUCUGGAAGAUGGGGCCAUGAUAUUGCUCUUCUGGGAGGCUCUGGAGUUCCUGCUUCUAUUUCAGUCAUUCGAAGUCGAGUCAAUUUGUUUUACGAAAACAGUCGGCGCCUACCAAACCGUCAAAUCCCCCAUCUGGUGUUCGCAAAACCCUUACCGUUCUUUCGAAAGAUCUAAGUUCUCCGGUGUGAACGAUACUGCCAUCGAAAAGUGGUACUUUGAAGCCGUUUCCGAAGCCGGUGAUGCUUUCAUCGUCUCACUCGGGCGAGAUCCCUCGUAUAAGCCAUUUGGAUUCGGCGUUAUCCCAUUUGAGAUGAUGUUCGUCUUUGCCAACGGAACUCGCCACGCAAUGUCAGAUUUUGCGUCUGAAUCUCGCAUCCGCGACUGCUGUGGGGAGGUAGACCUCAAGGUACAAGGGAGCCGACUGAAAUUCGCCGGUACGGGAGGACAUUUUCACGACUUUGCUGCGUUUGACUGGUUCACACUUCUUGACAGCUGGCGCAAUAUGCGCGCCAUCAUUGGCCCGUAUGCUUUCUCAUUGUGUAUACCCGUAUCAAGAAUCGCUGGUCGCAUUGUGUAUCCGUCGGGUGUUCUCUACAAGGACGGGAAACCUAUGCUCGAGGUUUAUGGUCUCGACAACGACACUUUGCUAGCAUCCAACAGACUUUUGAUCCACCCGCACUUCGAUGGGACUUUCACUGGUGGACUUGGCGAUACAUCUUCCAGUUGGAUUGUAGAGUUCGCCGAGCCUGCAUCUUCAAGAAGAUGGCGCUUCACAUCGAAGCAUCAGGCUCUGGUACAUGAACUUGGACUGGGUUCUGGAAGUGGUCUUUCGGUUUUUACGGACCUAAUUGAGGGAGGCGAGCUCAAUUCAUGGCAGCACUCUGGGUACGGAAUCUCCGAGCAGAUUACUGCCCCUAAGAGCAUUGGACCAUCCGUGGCUUGGGAGCUGUUCAAGACUCAUCGCAAUAACACGGGUUCUACAACGUGGCAGGCAGUGUGGAAUAUGUUUUGUGCUGCCUGUCGUGAUGGUGCGCUGACUGUCAGCUGGAUUAUGUUUAGAAAUGGGUGGACUGUUGAGUUUAACAAAGUCUCCUAA